CGGUCUGUGUCUGCUCCGAGCGACAGACCGGUCUGUGCUCGGAGGGGACAGUCACAACACACUGAAAACACAGCAGUCAAGAGUCACAGACAGGAGUAGCAUGACUUACUACAGCAAUAAGACCAGCUAGUUACUUUGAUGUCAUAUAAGAACUGAAGACAGAGUUACGCGUUUAUCGUUUACGAGGACGUAUCGACCCUCAAUGAGGACAUUUGGGCAUGGCUGUUUUCAAGCAACAGAAAGUAGAGGACUUCUAUGAGAUUGGUGAAGAGCUGGGGAGUGGCCAGUUUGCCAUCGUGAAGCGUUGCCGGGACAAGUGCUCGGGUCUGGAGUAUGCUGCCAAGUUUGUGAAGAAGUGUCAGAGCCGGGCCAGCAGGAGGGGAGUCAGGAGGGAAGACAUAGAGAGAGAGGUGGACAUCCUACAGCUGAUCACACAUCCCAACAUUGUAGCGCUGCAUGACGUCUACGAGACCCGCACUGACGUGGUGCUGAUACUGGAGCUGGUGUCUGGAGGAGAGCUGUUUGACUUCCUGGCUCAGAAGGAGUCUCUGAGCGAAGAGGAGGCUACCCAGUUCAUCAAACAGAUCCUGAACGGAGUACAGUUCCUCCACGGCAAGAGAAUAGCACACUUUGACCUCAAGCCUGAGAACAUCAUGCUGUUGGAUAAGAACGUCGAUCUACCACGCAUCAAGCUCAUAGACUUUGGUCUGGCUCAUCAGAUGGACCAGGUCGGGACGGACUUUAAAAAGAUCUUUGGAACACCUGAAUUUGUGGCUCCAGAAGUCGUCAACUAUGAGCCUCUGGGUUUAGAAGCAGACAUGUGGAGCAUCGGCGUCAUCACCUACAUACUGUUGAGCGGAGCGUCGCCGUUCCUUGGCGACUCAAAGCAGGAGACUCUGGGGAACAUCUCAGCCGUAGCCUACGAGUUUGAUGACGACUUGUUCAGCAGGACCAGUGAGCUGGCCAAAAGCUUUAUACGACAACUGCUGGAGAAAGACACCAGAAAACGGUUGACAAUCCAUGGUGCUCUGAAACAUCCCUGGAUACAGCCGUUGGACUCCAGACAGGCCCUGGUCAAGAGACAGUCUGUAGUCAACCUGGAGAACUUCAGGAGACAAUACGCCCGACGCAGAUGGAAGCUUUCCUUCAGAAUAGUGUCUCUCUGUAACCAUUUAACUCGUAUGAUGAAGAAAGGUCAUCCCAAGCUGGCAGCCCAGGACGAGAGGGACUGUGAGAGCGACCAGGAGACGGACGUGAUCAUGAAGAAAAGACCCAGAACCAGGAAGAGAAGCAACACUUCCUGAAACCUGACACUCUUUUCUGAUUUGUUGAACGUGUGUCUGUAGCACACACGAUUGGUCCGAAAGCAGCUCACAGAGACUACUUCUAAAACUGCUGUCCAUACAAUAUAUUUUAUGUGUUGCACAGCAUUCUGGGGCAAUAGAUGAAACGCGUUGACAGUGUUUCCUAUGGAGUCAUUUCAGGACCAACAGAAAUGUCCCUGCCUUCUGUAAAGCUAUCUAGAUUGUAGGAAUGUACAUGUACAAUUGACAGGUUAGGAUAGGGGUACAGGUUAGGAUAGGGGUACAGGUUAGGAUAGGGUACAGGUUAGGAUAGGGUACAGGUUAGGAUAGGGUACAGGAUAGGGUACAGGUUAGGAUAGGGUACAGGUUAGGAUAGGAUAGGGUACAGGUUAGGAUAGGGUACAGGUUAGGAUAGGACAGGGUACAGGUUAGGAUAGGGUACAGGUUAGGAUAGGGUACAGGUUAGGAUAGGGUACAGGUUAGGAUAGGGGUACAGGUUAGGAAAGGAUAGGGUACAGGAUAGGAUAGGGUACAGGUUAGGAUAGGAUAGGAUAGGGUACAGGAUAGGAUAGGGUACAGGUUAGGAUAGGGUACAGGUUAGGAUAGGAUAGGGUACAGGAUAGGAUAGGAUAGGGUACAGGUUAGGAUAGGGUAUAGGACAGGAUAGGAUAGGGUACAGGUUAGGAUAGGAUACAGGAUAGGAUAGGAUAGGGUACAGGAUAGGAUAGGGUACAGGAUAGGAUAGGAUAGGGUACAGGUUAGGAUAGGAUAGGGUACAGGUUAGGAUAGGGUACAGGUUAGGAUAGGAUACAGGAUAGGAUAGGAUAGGGUACAGGAUAGGAUAGGGUACAGGAUAGGAUAGGAUAGGGUACAGGAUAGGAUAGGGUACAGGAUAGGAUAGGAUAGGGUACAGGUUAGGAUAGGGUACAGGUUAGGAUAGGGUACAGGUUAGGAUAGGAUAGGGUACAGGUUAGGAUAGGAUAGGGUACAGGUUAGGAUAGGAUAGGGUACAGGAUAGGAUAGGAUAGGGUACAGGUUAGGAUAGGGUACAGGUUAGGAUAGGAUACAGGUUAGGAUAGGAUAGGGUACAGGAUAGGGUACAGGUUAGGAUAAGGUACAGGUUAGGAUAGGAUAGGGUACAGGUUAGGAUAGGGUACAGGUUAGGAUAGGAUAGGAUACAGGAUAGGGGUACAGGAUAGGAUAGGAUAGGGUACAGGCUAGGAAAAGAUAGGGUACAGGUUAGGAUAGGAUAGGGUACAGGUUAGGAUAGGGUACAGGUUAGGAUAGGAUACAGGUUAGGAUAGGAUAGGGUACAGGUUAGGAUAAGAUACAGGUUAGGAUAGGAUAGGGUACAGGAUAGGAUAGGGUACAGGUUAGGAUAGGAUACAGGUUAGGAUAGGAUAGGGUACAGGUUAGGAUAGGGUACAGGUUAGGAUAGGAUACAGGUUAGGAUAGGAUAGGGUACAGGUUAGGAUAGGAUACAGGUUAGGAUAGGAUAGGGUACAGGUUAGGAUAGGAUACAGGUUAGGAUAGGAUAGGGUACAGGUUAGGAUAGGGUACAGGUUAGGAUAGGAUAGGAUAGGGUACAGGAUAGGGGUACAGGAUAGGAUAGGAUAGGGUACAGGUUAGGAUAGGAUAGGGUACAGGUUAGGAUAGGAUAGGGUACAGGAUAGGAUAGGGUACAGGUUAGGAUAGGAUAGGGUACAGGUUAGGAUAGGAUAGGGUACAGGAUAGGAUAGGAUAGGGUACAGGUUAGGAUAGGAUAGGGUACAGGUUAGGAUAGGAUAGGGUACAGGAUAGGAUAGGAUAGGGUACAGGUUAGGAUAGGGUACAGGUUAGGAUAGGGUACAGGUUAGGAUAGGAUACAGGUUAGGAUAGGAUAGGGUACAGGUUAGGAUAGGAUACAGGUUAGGAUAGGAUAGGGUACAGGAUAGGAUAGGGUACAGGUUAGGAUAGGAUAGGGUACAGGUUAGGAUAGGGUACAGGUUAGGAUAGGAUAGGAUAGGGUACAGGAUAGGGGUACAGGAUAGGAUAGGAUAGGGUAAAGGAUAGGAUAGGGUACAGGUUAGGAUAGGAUAGGGUACAGGUUAGGAUAGGGUACAGGUUAGGAUAGGAUAGGAUAGGGUACAGGAUAGGGGUACAGGAUAGGAUAGGAUAGGAUACAGGAUAGGAUAGGAUAGGGUACAGGAUAGGGUACAGGUUAGGAUAGGGUACAGGUUAGGAUAUGAUAGGGUACAUGUUAGGAUAGGGUACAGGUUAGGAUAGGGGUACAGGUUAGGAUAGGAUAGGAUAGGGUACAGGUUAGGAUAGGGGUACAGGUUAGGAUAGGAUAGGGUACAGGAUAGGGUACAGGUUAGGUUAGGAUAGGGUACAGGUUAGGAUAGGAUAGGAUAGGGUACAGGUUAGGAUAGGGUACAGGUUGGGAUAGGAUAGGAUAGGGUACAGGAUAGGAUAGGAUAGGUUAGGAUAGGUUAGGAUACAGGUUAGAUUUAGGGUACAGGUUAGGGGUACAGGUUAGAUUUAGGGUACAAGUUAGGGGUACAGGUUAGAUUUAGGGUACAAGUUAGGGUUACAGUGGAAAGGAAAUAGGACAGCUCACAUAUAAUUUAAUGUUGUUAUCCAAUUGUCUUAAAUAACCAACUUCCUCAUUCUGCUAAUGUCCUCAUAAGUGACUAUCUUCCUCAUUCUGCUGUUGUCCUCAUAAGUGACUAUCUUCCUCAUUCUGCUGUUGUCCUCAUAAGUGACUAACUUCCUCAUUCUGCUGUUGUCCUCAUGAGUGACUAACUUCCUCAUUCCCAUGUACUGUACAUGUAAAAAACAGAGUUAGUAAAGAUGUGUAUUAUCUCUCUUGAAAACUGGCCUUAUGACUGAAAUGUUCAAGUUUUGAUAUAUUUGAAUAUAUUCAUGAAAUGGGGAUUUUGUGUCUUAAGUGGGUCGUACAUGCUGACCACACUGCUUGCGUUGCCAAAUAAAUCUGCACAUACAUGUUAAUCAAUAAUUUUAUCCAAACUUCUCGCGCACAUCAACGAGCGUCUGCGUAGCCAGGCGCUAAAAUAGAACUUGGUUCUAUUUGUGACGCCUCUCCCAUCUCCUCAUUGGUUGUUAGGAGCAUCUACCCACGUGGGUGAUUGAAAGAUGAACUGAGGGCCACCCUCCAGUCCAGUAGGUGGUGGUAAUGCACCUUCAAGCUUGGUUGCCAACCGCCAUGUAAAGUCCAAAGAAGAAGAGAUGACUAGAAACGAACUUCCCCUUUUAUCUGUGGAUUAAUUGUCAGGGUAGAGAACAUACAAAGAUCCAGGAAAAAAAUGUACCUUGUGUAUUUCAAGUAAAAUAGCAACCCAAUGUUUAAUUUUAUCCCAGAACAAAUGAUUCAUGUGUUUCGACCUGUCCCCAAAUGAAUAGACUUCGUUCAGAGUUUGUUUUGAUAUUUCCACCUGAUUGGGUCUGGUUGGACAACAUCCACAUGUGCAUGCAAGCGCGUGCCCGGUGUAGUCAGCAUGUUCGUUCUUGUGAUUCAAUGCUGGAGGCUUCGCUGUUCAACAAAAAGGAUGUAUUUGUUUAAAAAAAAAUAAACAACUUUGUUAAAACUUGAA